AUGCGUCUGGGCAGCAGCCAGCAGCCACUGCCAGCCAGUCGGCGCGCCGCAGGAUGCUCCCUUGGAGGAUGCGCUCGACCUGCCGCGACUCGACCGUUUACCGCAAAUGGCAUUGUCAGACGAGCCAACAGCCAAGACGGCCGCCAGUUGGCCGCGGCGGAGGGCUGCUGCUGCACGGGCCACUGCCCUCCGGGAACUCGGCAGCAGCCAGUCAUGCCGGCCCGGACGAUCUCCGGGUUGCCCGAUCAGGCAAGUGCAGUGCACCCAAACCACUUAACGCGUGAACGCCGGCCCUACGUUUCUCCGACGCGUCGCGCGUCCUGGUCGCGUCGCAGCCAGCGAGCACUGCAAAGGGAAGUUGCGGAUUUUGCUCCGUCCUCAUUUUCUACAGGAAAACAGGAUAGAAGGAAGAAGGAAGAAGAAAAGAAACGCCUGCCUCCCACCCAUCUGCAGGCAACGCUCCUGAGCGAACACGACCACAGCCCCCCGUGGCUUGUUCCCGGCCCCGCGCCCACCAUGUCUUCUCUUUUCGACGCUGUCCUCCAGUCCGAACUGGGAUCGAGCGCCAGUGCAGGUGGCCGUGAACGACAAUGGCCUCGAUCGGAUCAACCGUCGAGCUCCCGGCCGCAGCUCACCUCCGAGACCAAUGGCCCCAUGAGCGACGUCCAGGGCUUCCCCGAUGACGAGGUCGUCGGCCCUAACGGUGCCGUGAAUCGUCUUCGGAAUCCAUACGCCUCAGCGCCCCCGCCAGUCGUCGACCUGGCCGGAGAGAAGGUCCAGCAGGCCUUUGAGGACUUUCUCGAGACGUACGUGGAGGAGCCUACGUCGUCAGCUCCGCCGCCUCCUUCCUCCUCGCAGAUCCUCAGCGACAAGUACUACAUAGCACAGAUUCAUGGGAUGGUGAAAUUCAACCUCUCCACGCUGUACGUGGAUUUCAACCACCUGAGUUCUGCAGAUAACCAGAUCCUGGCGGACGCCAUCGCCAAUCAGUAUUACCGAUUCCACCCUUUCUUGAUCCGAGCAUUGCACAACCUCAUCGCCAAGUAUGAACCCGAAUACUUUGCCUCUCACCGUCAGGCUAGCAGCAACUCCUCCCAGCCGAGCUCUUCGGUCAUGGCGGCCAAUGCGAUCGAUUCGAGGCAGGACGAGGCACCAGCAGACAGACAAAGUGUUCGCGUUGGCAUUUUACAACCUCCCGUUGGUUUCCAGGUUACGGCAAUUGCGAACCUCUCACAUCGGCAAGCUGCUCUCCGUCUCGGGCACGGUGACCAGGACAUCGGAAAUCCGCCUGAGCUUUCUCUGGGAACGUUCAUCUGUGAGGCAUGCAAGGCUCCGGUUGCCAACGUUGAGCAGACCUUCAAGUAUACCGAGCCAUCUCAGUGUCCAAACCCUACUUGCGGUAACAGGACGGGUUGGCGUCUCGACAUCGGGAAGAGCACAUUUGUCGACUGGCAGAAAGUGAAGCUGCAAGAAUCGUCCCACGAAAUCCCUACGGGAAGCAUGCCGCGCACAAUGGAUAUCAUUGUCCGGGGGGAGAUGGUUGACAGAGCGAAGGCAGGUGAGAAAUGCAUUUUCACCGGGACCCUCAUUGUGGUUCCAGAUGUCAGUCAGCUCGGUCUGCCUGGGGUACGACCUGAGGCGAGUCGUGACAAUGGUGCCUUCCGGGGUGGAGAUGUGGGUGGCGGAGGUGUUACAGGCCUCAAAUCCCUGGGAGUCAGGGAUCUCACCUAUCGGUUAGCAUUUCUUGCUUGUAUGGUCACACCUGACUUGACCACCCCCGGUCAGCCAACAAACCAGCAAUUGAGCGGCCAGUCGCACAAUAUAGUGGCCUCUUUGAAUCAAAUUGAUCAGCCUUUGGAGGACGACGAAAAGGCACAGGAGACGCUGCUUCAGACCAUGACUCCGUCUGAGGUCCAAGACUUGAAGAAACUCGUUCACUCGGAAUAUAUUUACUCUCGCCUGGUGGAUUCGAUUGCGCCUAUGAUCUAUGGGCACCGACAAAUAAAGAAGGGUCUUCUGUUGCAGUUGAUUGGUGGAGUGAGUAAGAACACUGAGCAGGAGGGCAUGCAGCUGCGUGGCGAUAUCAACAUCUGCAUAGUGGGUGAUCCAUCCACGAGCAAGAGCCAGUUUUUGAAGUACAUUUGCUCUCUCCACCCACGAGCGGUUUACACUAGCGGAAAGGCGUCGUCUGCUGCCGGUCUGACUGCUUCCGUGGUGAAGGAUGCGGAAACUGGCGAGUUCACCAUUGAAGCUGGUGCCCUGAUGUUGGCUAAUGGUGGAGGCAUCUGCGCCAUUGAUGAGUUCGACAAGAUGGACAUUAGCGACCAGGUCGCCAUCCAUGAAGCUAUGGAACAGCAGACUAUCUCGAUUGCCAAGGCCGGCAUCCACACCACACUCAAUGCGCGCGCUUCCAUCCUUGCUGCUGCCAACCCAGUUGGCGGUCGAUACAACCCCAAGGCGACGUUGCGGGCGAAUCUCAACCUCAGCCCAGCGAUCAUGAGUCGAUUUGACUUGUUCUUUGUGAUCAGGGACGAGCCUAAUGAAACAGUAGACCGCAACCUAGCGGAACACAUUGUUAAUGUCCACAUGAACCGGGACGAGGCCGUUCAGCCAGAGCUCAGCACCGAGCAACUGCAGCGGUACAUUCGAUUCGCACGGACUUUCAAGCCUGUGUUCACAGAGGAAGCGAAGGCCCUCCUGGUAGAGAAAUACAAGGAGCUCAGGGCCAACGACGCUCAAGGUGGUAUUGGCCGCUCCUCCUAUCGAAUUACUGUCCGACAGCUGGAGUCUCUUAUCCGACUGUCGGAGGCUGUCGCCAAGGCAAACUGUGUCGAGGAGAUCGUUCCCAGCUUCGUUCAAGAGGCGUACGAUCUCCUCCGUCAGAGCAUCGUCACUGUUGAGAAGGACGACGUUGAUGUUGGUGACGAAGAGGAAGAGGCCGCCGGAAGGCGCGAUGAUGGAGACGAUGAAAUGGCUGAUGCUCGUGAUCGCGAUGGCGAUAGUCCUAUGCGUGACGAGGGCGAGGACGGUGCAGGCCAGCAGCAGCAGCAACAACAAUCGCGACCCAAGACCAAGAUCACCUAUGACAAGUACAUGAAGAUUCUGAAUCUCCUCGUAAGACGCGUGAAUGAGGAUGAGUCUCGGACCGGCGAGGGCGUGGAACAAGAGGAGCUGCUGGUAUGGUACCUGGAGCAGAUCGAGUCAGAGCUGAACAGUGAAGAAGACCUGGAGCGCGAGCGGGAUCUCGCAGUCAAGGUGUUGAAGCGUAUGGUGAAGGAUAACAUCCUCAUGCCAAUCCGCGGCGAGGGUCUCAUGGACGAGGAUGGCCAACAGCAAGGACAGAGCCAAUCCGUCGUCUAUGUUCUGCACCCAAACUGCGCCAUCGAAGAGAUGUGA